ACCUGACCAGCAAAUUCAAGUGCUCGGCCAAGUUGGAGCCAGCCAUCUUCUCCACAUGACAACAACGCUUCAGCCUUAUCAGCCAGUCGGCCAGGGGGACACGUGAAUUACCUCGGUCUAGUCAGCCAGACACCCAACAACCAAAUUCAGCAUAUAACACUCCCUCAAGGCGCUAGCGCAACCGAGAUCUGGCCUCGCCGGCAUUUAACCAGGAUGGACAAUCUGAAAACAGACUCACAGCUAAGGACGCUCGUCACAAAACGCACAGCUUCGGAAGACCAGAAUGCCGCCUCUAAUGCCAAAAGAAUCAAACUCCUUCACGACGGGCUGACAGAACUGGAUGCUCAGCCCCCACUGACGACCGUCAGGGUUCCUUUCCCAGAGAAGCCUGCAGUAAUAGAAGAACGAAACGGCGAGAUCCAAUUCCGCGUUGUCAACAAUGACGGCGCCAGAGAGAGUAUGAUUAUUCUGACAGGUCUCAAAUGCCUCUUUCAAAAACAACUGCCAAAAAUGCCCAAGGAUUACAUUGCACGCCUCGUCUACGACCGUACUCACACAUCUAUCGCCAUUGUCAAAAUGCCCCUCGAGGUCAUUGGGGGAAUAUCAUUCAGGGAGUUCCGCCCUGGCAAGUUUGCCGAAAUCGUUUUCUGCGCCGUCUCGUCCGACCAGCAGGUGAAGGGAUACGGCGCGCAUCUCAUGGCCCAUUUGAAGGACUACGUAAAAGCCACGUCCCCAGUUAUGCAUUUUCUGACUUAUGCCGAUAACUAUGCUACUGGAUAUUUCCAAAAACAAGGCUUCACGAAGGAAAUUACGCUUGAGAAGUCGGCCUGGAUGGGGUACAUCAAGGACUACGAAGGCGGGACGCUCAUGCAAUGCUCGAUGCUGCCGCGAAUACGCUAUCUCGAAUCCGGGCGUAUGCUCCUCAAGCAGAAGGAAACCGUGCAAGCCAAAAUCCGCGCCCUAAGCAAAAGCCACAUCAUUCAUCAGCCGCUUGGUGUCGUCGCCACUCCUAUCGACCCGCUCUCCAUCCCUGCCAUCCGGGCGACUGGCUGGUCUCCAGAUAUGGACGAACUGGCCCGCGAGCCGCGGCACGGGCCGCACUUUAAUGAACUCCGGCGGUUCCUGUAUCAGAUGCAGAACCACAAGCAAGCGUGGCCCUUCCUUAACCCCGUAAACAGAGAUGAAGUACCAGACUACUACAACACGAUUAAGUCGCCGAUGGACCUGUCGACGGUCGAAGAGAGGCUGGAGCGCGAUUUCUACACAGCCCCGAAAGACCUCGUCGCCGAUCUCAAGCUAAUCUAUGCCAACUGUCGCCAGUACAACGAUUCGACGACGGUAUAUUCAAAGUGCGCUGCAGGGCUCGAGAAGUACAUGUGGACUCUGAUUAAGGAGAUCCCCGAGUGGUAUGAGCUGCUUGACGACUGAUGCGGCUGACUGUUUUUUUUUUUUUUUUUUUUUUUUUUUU